AUGGCGCUAGUGAUCGAGACACUAGACAAUACAUCGUGGUCACCAUUAUCAAUGCAAAAUACAAUAGUUAGUAUACAGGUCAUAAAAAAGCAUCAACAACAAAUUGAUGUGUUUAUUGGAUGUAACGAUUGGUCGUCACAAUUGCUCCAGAGAUGCUUCAUUGUUUGCCUGAUUAGACAAAUUUCUCGCGUCGCGAUGCGAUCUGGAGGUGGGGCUCCUGUGGGUUUAACCGGUGAUCCAAUUCCAAAUUUUUGUUUUACGAACGCAUUAUGCCGUCGAGAAAGUAAUUUCUCACGCUGUCCUUGUUUACCAUUGAUGUAUCAUCAAUUCCAUGCCGAAUUAAUUAUAUUUGGACAAAAAUGGAAUAUCCUCGCUAAACAAUCCCCGGAAUUCAUGAAUUAUUCCGUGGUCUCGUCAUUUUUCGGAGUUUUAGAAAUGUUCAUUUGUUCCACUUCCUUAUUUGAACAAAAAUGGCGGGAGAUUUGUGGCACGAUGUAUUGCAUUCGUGCUAUAUGGCUAGUAGCAAACCCAUGUGCAUGA